AUGCCUGCCACGACCGCCGAAACCUUGUCUUUCGUCUCGAGAAAUGUCACCGUCGCACCCCUCGUCCUCCUCUCUGUCGUAGACCACUACAACCGCGCCGCAAAGGGCACAAGGAAGCGCGUUGUCGGUGUACUUCUGGGCCAGAAUGAUGGCAACAACGUGCGGGUAUCCAACAGCUUUGCGGUGCCGUUUGAGGAGGACAACGAUGACCCGUCCGUCUGGUUCCUCGACCACAACUACGUCGAGAACAUGAACGACAUGUUCAAGAAGGUCAACGCCCGCGAGAAGUUAAUAGGCUGGUAUCACUCCGGCCCCAAGUUGCGCGCCUCCGAUCUCGAGAUCAACGAGCUAUUCAAGCGCUACACCCCGAAUCCUCUGCUAGUCAUUAUUGAUGUGCAGCCCAAGGAGUCGGGUGUGCCCACCGACGCUUACUUCGCAGUAGAGGAGAUCAAGGAUGACGGCACCACAACAUCCAAGACCUUCGUACAUACCCCGUCCACGAUUGAGGCAGAGGAGGCCGAAGAGAUCGGAGUCGAGCACCUACUUCGCGACAUCCGCGACGUCGCCAUCGGUACUCUAUCCACUCGUAUUACAAACCAGCUCCAGUCUCUACAAGGCCUACACUUACGUUUGCGUGAAAUCCAAACCUACCUCCAGAAGGUCCAAGAUGGCCAACUACCUGUCAACCACGCCGUGCUCGGUAACCUCCAAGACAUCUUCAACCUACUCCCCAACCUCUCAACGCCCAAACCUGGAAGCGACGGCAAGGCCGGCAACACAGGCGAGCUGUCAUAUGCCAUGAGCGUGAAGACCAACGACCAGCUGCUGGCCAUCUACCUCAGCAGUCUGAUCCGUGCCAUCACAGCAUUCCACGACCUGAUCGAGAACAAGAUCCAGAACCGGCAACAACAAGAGGAGAAGGAGGCCAAGAAAGAGGAAGCGGCGGCGGCGGCAGCAGCAGAUAAGGAAAAGGACAAGAAGGAGACCAGCGUCAAUGGGGUUAAUGGCGAGCCGUCUGAGAAGGGUGGCGACAAGGAAAAGAAGAAAUAG